GGUGAGUUCCCUAUAAACAUUCCACACUUUACCAUUGCUUCAACACCACCCACUCAAUUAUUUAUUUCUUCCAACGCACUUCUUGUUCCCUGUUCAAUCUCCCUUCGCGACUUGUCUUUCGCCUUCAUUUUUGUACCAUGACUGCGCGACCUCACUGUCGCGCAUCUUGCGCCCGCCACCCAGAUCUAUAUACUUCUGAUCCAGCAAACCGGCCCAACUGACACAUUCAACUGCACAGGCUAAUUCCGCCGAGCUCAAAUUUCGAAUUUUAUAACUUUUUUCUCGAGUUCGCACUCUCUGUUCAACAUGCCUAAGGAAAAGACCACCCGCAAGGCCCCCAAGGUCACCCGCAAGAAGAAGGACCCCAACGCCCCCAAGCGUGGUCUGUCCGCCUACAUGUUCUUUGCCAACGACAACCGUGAGAAGGUCCGCGAGGAGAACCCCGGCAUCACCUUCGGCCAAGUCGGCAAGACGCUCGGCGACAAGUGGAAGAACUUGAGUGAAACCCAGCGUAAGCCUUACGACGAGAAGGCCGCCGCCGACAAGAAGCGUUACGAGGAGGAGAAGAAGGUUUACCAGGCCCAGGGUGAGGAAGAGGAGGAGGAGUCGUCCUAAUCGAGUCGUUUCCCCCCUCUUUUUUUUCGGUCCUGAUGUGACGGGACUGCCUGGCGUUCUUAUCGUGUCUUUGUUCUCUCUCAUAUGUCUAUGUAUUCGUCGCUUCUGAUAAUUCCUAUUCGUUUGGUACGGGAUGACGGGUGGUUUCUCAUUUGUGUUUUUUCAUGAAGGAUCAAUUGUCCCAUGGGUAUGGUUUCUGUACGGACAAGAUGGGCUUUUCAGGAAGAAUUUGAUCUGAAAUCGGGGUGUUGCCCGGCGCUGUUUGUUUUCCAAAAUGGCGGGAGAACCUUGUUUUCAGUCACUGAGUUACCCAUCGCGUAAUUAUCCAUGCGUAGUAUGUAUCAGCUUCAGGCAGGACGGGGCCGUGAUUCUUAUUCUGACCCUCCGAUGGUGACGAAGAGGUGGGAUGGUGACUAAUGACGAUUGUUUACGUGUCACGCGUCGCCGAUAUCUCCGAUAGUGCCUGAGGCAGCAUCGACUCUCCGUCUCUGCCAGGAUAUCGCCAUGCUCCGGAGCUCUG